AUGAUUUUAAACUUCAGUCUGUAUCAGCCCCAGGACAAGGUGUCAGUGGCAGCAGGGGAUGUGCUCACCCUGAUCUGCACCACAUCUGGACCUGCUGGAGCAGGUGCUGUGGGAUGGCUGAAGGGCUGGGGCAGUGAGAACAAGACCAUCUAUGACCAGAAGGGGCCCUUACCCCGUGUGAUGAGAGCAGUGAAUGGGUCCAACACAGACUUCACCAUCCACAUCAGCAACGUUCAGCCUGAGGACAUGGGCACCUACUACUGUGUGAAGUUUCUCAAGGGGGACACUGGUCAGGAUGAGGUGUUUCAGCGUGGCAGUGGCACAGAGGUGUCCGUGUAUGAGACAACUCUAGUUCCUGGAAUGGUGACUGCAGCUGUAGUGCUCUGCUUCCUCCUCCUCCUUGGCCUCUUCGUCGCCCUUUGCAUGUACAGGAGGAAGCACCAAGGCCGGGUGGGCAGCCCCUGCCCAACCAGGACAGUGGCCAUGGGCAGCUUCUCAUCUGUCCCCCUGCAGUGCUGUGCAGGGACUCCCGGCACCCCCAGCGAAGUCCUGGAUGCAGAGAGCUCCCACCUGCCCAGCCAGCAGAGCAGCAAGGAGGAGAACAGCAUCCACUACGCCGACCUGCAGCCCCUGCCCCCGGCCCCACGGCGCAGCAGGAGCCCGGGCACAGCCCCCACUGAGUAUGCCAGCCUCAGGGUGGCUGCCAAGUGACACGUGGCACCACUGCUUGCACGGCAGGCCUUGUCAGGGUGGAAGAAGGGACGUUUCUGUAGGGCACAACAAAGAAAGAAGUGGAGCUGUUUGCAUGGUUUACCCUGAUCUCAGCUCAGCACACUAUGCUCAUCAUGCUUGCAUCUCAGGGGAGCUCUCCCAGGACCUGAAGCCAUCUCGACCACAGGAUGAGACCACGAGGCCAAGCACCUCUGCCUUGUGCAAGCUGUUUGAUGCUAAUGACACCAGGAGGACCUCACACAAACCUGUAUCCACCAGCAUGGGCCUCCACUGCCCUUUCUCGGCCCACAGGUCCAUAAUUUGUGUUAUCUUUUCACUGCCCUCAAUAAAGCCAGCAAAUAGCCUUC